AUGGGUAACAAGAAAAGCAACGAGUCUAAAGCUUUGGAGACCACUAGUCUCGUCCAAUCUCAAUCAAAAUCAGCACAAAAGAAAGCUUCACAUGCAUCGAAUACUCCCCAAGUCAAGAAAGGCGAUGGCGGCAGCAACGUGGUGGUGAACUUCCUCUGCAUUGCAAUGUUCUUCGGAGCUUGCGCCCAUGGAUUCUUUAUCAUCCCAACCACUUCAGUCGUGGAAGAUAUACUUUGUCGGCAGUACUACAGAGAAGAAGUCAACACUGGCACUUGGCUCAGUGUGGACUCCAGUGACCUGAAAUGUAAAGAAAACUCCAUCCAAUCGAAUCUGGCCUUAAUUCUUGCUGUCCGCGAUUCCCUUCAAGCUGGAGUGGGAGUAUUCGCCUCCCUGCCAUGGGGUAUUGCUGCAGAUCGACUGGGCCGAAAGUCAGUGAUAGCCCUUGGACUCGCCGGGCUAGCCUUAUCACAGCUAUGGUUCAUGCUUGUAGCAUGGUUCCCCGGAUACUUUCCAGUGGAAUCUCUGUGGCUCGGCUCAGCGUUCUUGCUUUUGGGUGGUGGAGACGCAGUUUUGGGUGCCAUCUGUUUUAGUAUGAUCGCAGAUGUGACCACUGAGUCAACUAGAGCGGCGGCGUUUAUGCGUCUCAUCAUAGCUUCCCACACAGCCAGUUUUGUUGCACCUGCAUUGGCUUCUGUCAUGAUGGAGAUCAGGGGACCUUGGCUGUGUUUAGUAGCUUCCUGUUCUAUUUUGACGUUCCUGGGGAUUGCUACUGUUCUGUUCCUUCCAGAAGCUGGUGGUCCCAAGGGGAAACACGCCCCAGCCGCUAAGACUGGCACCGGAUUCAGAUCUGCGGUCGAAACUGGUAUGAAAGAGCUCUGGGCGUCCACCCAUCUCUACUCCGUCGCCCUGUUACUACUCACCUUCAUUGGCACUGUUCCAGGGGUUCAUUCAACAGGAAGCUUCAUGACCCAGUUUGCAUCCAAGCGAUAUGAAAUCAAGCUCUCUCAGGCCGGCUACAUCCAAUCUAUCUAUAGCUGUGCAACAGUCACGGUAUGCCUUGCCAUCCUGCCAUCGGUUUCAAAGCUCGUUAUGAGAUCGGAGGUGCCACAAUUCCUCCGACCGUCGAGUGAAAGUCGACGGGAUCUACUACUAGCUCAAUGGUCCUUCGCUUGUUUGACGGUCGGGUCCCUUGUCUGCGCGAUUUCUGCAGUUCUUCCUACUUUCAUGCUUGGACUACUCAUUUCGGCUCUGGGAACAGGAAACAGCAGCCUUGUUCGCAGUUUAUGUAGCCUCUAUGUGAGCACUGACCUGAGGUCCUCGCUUUACACAUUCAUGGGGAUAGUCGAGUUUUUGGUCGCCUUUGUGUCUCAUCCCUCAUUGGCCUUUCUUUUCUCGAAGGGUAUGCACCUUGGGGAUGGAUGGGUUGGUCUGCCAUAUUUUGGAGUUGCUGUCGUUUGCUUCCUGGCGUGGGUUAUGUUGAACUUUGUCAAACCGCCUCCCGCAAAGCCAAAAUAG